AUGCCGAAACCAUCCGCCAAUGCGCUGGAAACCAAAACCGUGACAGAGCUGCGCAAGCUGGCAUCGGCGGCGCGCAUCGCCGGCUACAGCCGCAUGCGCAAGGCCGAUCUGAUCGCGGCGCUUGCUCCGGCAAAGGCCCCCAUACGAAAGCCGGCAACCGCGGCGAAGCCUCUGACCAUCGCACAGCUGCGCGCAAAGGCCAAGCAGAUGAACAUUGCCAUUCCGCCCAAAGCGCUCAAGGCCGACAUCAUCCGACUCCUGGAAGCAAAGCCUCGACGGCUGGCCAAACGCACGAACGCGGGAUCGCGCGCCGCCGCGCCACCAAAACCGGUAGCGGAACAGCCCACCAGACCACCGCCACCGCUGCCGGGAACGAAAGCGGUCAGACUGGAGCUCCUCCGCCUCGGUUGGAGGAGUUACGGCCGCUCCGACAUCCACGUCCCAUGCCCGAACGCCAAGAAACCGCAGCUGGAGGCAUUCCUGGCGACGCCGCGAUUGACAGACCAGCAGCUGGGCAUCUUCGCCAGCGUGAGCCACUCCCUCUAUCUGUACGAGGUCGGCAGCGCUAAGGAUCGCAGGUUCCUAUCGCAACACGAGCUCCACGGGACCUCCCUCCAGUAUUUCUACUGGUCCGACUUCACCAGCGUGCUCGCCACGCACGAACGCGUGCGCGAUCUGUGCUCCGUCAAUCCGUACGGCCGGCCGCUGACGCUCAACGUCGAACGAGGUAUCUGGAAUCGACUCGUCAACGGAUUCACAAUGAGCGACGACGAAAUCCUGGCGGCUUUCGCAAGGGCGAACAACACGGACAUUGCCAACAUUCGACAGCGUGUCAUGGAUGGCGUCAUGCACACGCUCCGCCAACCGCCCGGAAUGUUCCGGGUGAACACCGCGCAACUGUUCAGCGAUGGACCCUUCCAUACAACCUCCAAGGAAGGCAGCUGGCUCAAAUCCCACGGCAUCGUAAAGUGCGGCACCAAGCGACCGUGGCUGCCCAUUGCAGUCGGUGUCGGCUACACCAGGAUGGAUAGCCACGCGCUGUUUUUGCUGAUCAACCGCGGCACCGGACACGCGUACCUGUUCGAGUCCAACGGCUUCGACCCCGACAACGAAGGCGCGUUCCGAGUCACCCACGCCCUGAUCGCGCUUUCCGCCAUCUACGAGCAUCUCGUUUCCAGCGGCAACCUCACGCCAUCAGAGUGGCGCACGACAAGCUUAGUGACCGAUAUGGUGUCGGGAGAUAGCAUCCGGGGACAGGGGCCGCAGGGACUGCAGGGCAACCGGACGACGUUGCUUGGACAUGAGGACCAACGCCCCUACCUCGGACACAUUAUAGGCCGCUACUCGAUGUUCAUCGCCAAGCGCAUCACUGCCAAGGUCACAAUCCGCAACGCCAAAUACUAG